GUCUGUAGCUGCUCCGAAAUAUAUAAUCACACUCCAAAAUGGAUAUUAUGGGUUCUAUUUUGUUGAUAAGAUUUGCAGUGUAUCGAUUAAAACAUUUGGAUAAUUUCGAAUCUUGGUAAUUAAAAAAGAUAUUAACAUAACUAUCAUGUGAUUAAAUUUUAUAUGAAAAUUUAUUAUAUUAGUACAAAUGGAAUUUUUGAUACAAAAAAAUUCAUCGGUGCUGUAAAUUUGUAUCCAUAACAAGUUUCUGUCAUAUUUCUCAAGUUUUUGUGCCUUCCAAGAUUUAUAGGCAAAUACGAUAUCUUAAAUUAGUUUUGACGAUCGUCAAUUAACUUUAUUUUAGUGUCUAUUAUAAGUGUCGGUUCAACAUACAUCACUUGUAAAUAUAACCUCAAAAUAAGUGCCAGUGAAAUGAUUUUUUAAAUUAGAUUUUCCUUAUUAUUAACCUAUAAUGUAUAUUGUUGUUUUGAAAUAUUUAACAAGGUUUUAUCGAAGAGUACAUUAAAUAAUGUAUUUCAUAAAUAUGUGAAAAGUAAAUGGCUUCGUUGCCGGUAUAUAUAACCUAAUUUUCUUCAAAUAGAUGUUUAUACAGAUGACUAAUUUCUUAAAUAUUUUUUCUUCUACACAAAAUCAACUAUGAGCGACGAAACAAUAUUCGUGGAUCCAUCGUAUUUAACCUGUGAAAUAAAUGGGUCACAGUUUGUGUUUCAAACUUCAUCCAAUACUCAAAAUGGUAUUGUUGAUGCUGAAACACUUUUUGAUCCAAAAGAAAUAGAUAACUGUUUCUUAAAUAAGAGUAGUCAGAAGCAAGAUGAAGAAUCAAUACCAAUUCUUUGUUUAGAUGGUAUUAUUUAUGCUUUAGAAAAUGGUCAACUUCAACAACUGGACUUGAGUCGACUACAAAAUAAUGAUCAACAAAAUCAAGAGAAGAAAGAAACUGUACCAAUCGUUGAUGAGUUUUCAGUCAAAGAAGAACAUCAGACACAAAUAGAACAAUUUGCUUUAGAUAAUAAUAUCCACGAUGUUCAAUUGAAUGAAGAGCUUCCUGAAAAGUAUCAUUUAAUACAAGAAAAGGAUAGUGAUUUUUUAGUAGAAGAUAGCUCUCUCAAUGCUAAUGAUUUCGUUGAAGUUGUUGCUGCAUUUAAAUGCAAAAUAUGUCCUUAUACAACUCAAGAUCGUGGUGAAUUAUUGAAACAUUUUCAAAACAUUCAUGCUAAUCCUACUCCGAUGAUCAAAAAUGAAGAAAAAGAGGACAAAGAACCUGCAAAAACUGAAGAUGUUAAAUUAGUUUACAUGUGUGGAGAAUGUUCGAGUUGUUUUCCAUCAAUGGAAAAUUGUAGGGAGCACAUGAUCAAUGAUCAUCAGUUGAUGGAUCGAACUUGUGAAAAAAUAGAUGAUGAAACGACUUCUAAUGAUAUGGUUAAUGUCAAAAAACCUGUUAAAGUUGCAGAAAAAAAAUCCGGAAGUAAAGAAAAACGUGAAUUGAAAGUAACAAAAAGUAAAACCUCUGAAAGUGUAAAUAAACUUUACUUAGAAGGCCAUGAAAGAAAUAUCAAAUGUAUUCAUCGUGGUUGUUUGUAUAAAUUUAGUUCCGAGGAAUUAAUGCAAAAACAUGCAUCUUGUCAUGUUGAAUCAGAGCAUGCAAAUGUUUUUAAAUGCAAUUAUUGUCAGGAUAUGAAGUUUACAAAAUGGAGUGCAUGUUCAGUUCAUUUAUGGAAAAAGCAUAAAAUAGAUAUUGGAUUGCUUUCUUGUAACAUCUGUAAAGCCUAUAAGAGUGUCACAAGUGUCAAACUUCUGACUCACAUGAGAGUUCAUAGUGAAAAUCGUGAUUUUGAAUGUCCUGACUGUGGAAAGCGUUUCAAACAAUCAAGUCAGUUACGAAAUCAUCGAGUAAUGCAUUUAGAUCGUAAAUCUGUAGAUAUUCCUCGUUGGUAUACUUCGAAAACAUGCGAAAUGUGUGGAAAAACUUAUGCUGAUUCGAAAUGUUUGAAAAAUCAUAUGCAAGCUGUUCAUUCAAAACUUCGACCUUAUGUUUGUAAUGUUUGUGGUCAUUCUAGUGCAAGAAAAGCCAUGCUUCAAAUGCAUUUACGUCAACAUACUGGUGAUAAACCAUUUAACUGUGACUUGUGUGACUUUAAAACUGGAGAUCAUAAUUCUUUACGACGUCAUAUAAUGAGACAUACUGGUGUUAGACCAUAUAAAUGUCCACAUUGCUCUUAUUCUGCUAUUCAAAGUAGUAGUUAUAAAAAUCAUUUGAAAGCUAAACAUCCAUUAUCGUCUGGAUUAUUUACCUGUGAAAUAUGCUCAUUCAGAACUGUCAAGAAAGAAACUUACCUUGAACAUAUUAGUGAUCAUGAAAAAGGAUUAAUUAAAACACCAGUACAAAAGAAUGAUGAUAAUAAUGUAGAAGUUUUUCCUGGCAACAUGGCAGCAGCUCAGUUAAUUUAUAGCUGCUUAGGUGCAUUUUCGAAAGUGGGAAAAACUAUAGAAGCUAGUUUGAUGUCUUCUUCAACCUCCGCUGAUGGUACUUCACAAACAAUAACAAUUCAAAUUCCAUCAACGCAUUUAGAAGGUUCUCUACCUAUUGCUGAUAAUAAUGUUAAUAAAGCUAAUUCAAUGAUCGAGCAAGAGGACGAAGAAACAAUGCAUUGUUUUUUGAAAAUACCUCAUGAAGAAGAAGAAAAUAUUGAUACUGGUGGUAUAACUAUUCCUGCGGAGCCCGAAGAUGCUCAACCUACGAUUCUUAAUGUUGAAUCAUAAAGUGAUAUUAAAUAUAAAUAAUAUUAAGAAGAAAUAUUUGGUUGACAAUGUUGGAUAUUGAAAUUAAAACAAAAAACAAAAAAAA